GAAUCAGUGAAUUGCCGGAUGCAGUUCUUUGUCAUAUGCUUUCCUUUCUUCCUCAGUAUAUGCUAUGUGGACUACUGUUCUGUCUAGGAGAUGGAACAAUUUAUGGACAUCUCUUCCAAAUCUCGGCUUCGAUAACAUAGAAUUUCCAACAAAUCAUACAAUGUCCCCUAUCCAAUCCUUCAAUCGUUUUAUGAAUGCUGUUGAAGGUGCAGUUUCCCUUCACCGCUCAUCGGAUAUUCAAAAAUUUUGUCUCUCUAUUUCUGUAAAACAUUUCAGCGUCGAGGAUCUCUCUCGAAUCAAUACAUUGAUUUGUUCUGCCAUUGGGCAUAAUGUUGUCGAAAUGAAUCUUUCUUUGUGGGCUGAAGAUCAUACGGAGGAUCAUUUUGAACUACCUCAAAGCCUUUUCAUGUGCACUACACUGGAGAAGCUGACAGUCUUUUCGAGUUUUAAUAUCUGUGCUCCACCUACAGGGAGUCUCCCAAGUCUUAAGGUUCUUCAUGUUUCAGUUUUAUGGUCCGAUGAGAAUGCACCAGAAUCUUAUUUUCGGAACUGCCCUGCACUUGAAGAUUUAACUAUAGCUGGAGAAAUCUGUUUUCAUGACAUCGAGUAUAUCGAUAUCACUGCACCUACAUUGAAGAGGCUAUGCAUAUCGUUACGCUGUUACAAUGAAUAUUAUGACAGUUGGUAUACCUUUUCUAUUAACGCCCCAAACAUGGAAUACUUUGAUCUUAAGGAGGAUGCUAUCUCAAAUUAUAUUUUCAAGACUACUAAAUCUCUUGUCAAGGCGAAAGUCCAUUUUCUUGAUGAAAUUCAAUACCAAGAUUGUAUAGAGUUUUUUGAUAAAGAUCCUGGAUUCGCUACUCGUGCAACUGUGCUGCUGGCAGGAAUAUCCAAUGUUGAAUAUCUGUCUCUUGAUAACCAGCCUAAUUGUUUGGAGGCUUGCUAUGUGCCUGCUUUGGAGAAUUUGACCAAAUUGAAGCUGGUUCUUCGUGACUGCUACCACUGGGAAUUGCUAACAGAGUUGCUCAUGAGAUCCCCUAAACUGAAAUGUCUUGUCUUAGAGCAUAUACAUGCCAAUGUGGACAACAAAUAUCCAGAGCAAUCAGAGAGUAGAUGGAUUCCACCAGAUUUUGGGCCUAUAUGUUUGCUCACACGCCUUGAGACAAUCAAAAUUAGGGGAUUCAAGGGAAAUCGUGAUGAGAUGGACGCGGCACGGUAUUUACUAAAGAACAGUGAUGUUUUGAAUGAGAUGGCUAUUUAUACAGGUGAUCUUCAGUGUACAAAGGAGGAGUUAUUUGAGGAAUUUGGUAUGUUUCCAAGGGGUUCAAAGACUAGUAAAGUUCUCUUAAGUUAA